AUGUCUUCUCAACAGCAAACAGCCGACAAGGCGACCGAGGCCGAGUUCGCCUCGUACUACCUCCAGCGCACCACGCAGGAACUGGCCGAGGACCUGGACAAGGUGCGCAACGCGGACGACUUCAAGGCCGAAUCCGUCCCGUUCCUCGUCCGGGCGCUCCAGCAAGGAGCCGUGCAGUUCUCCCCCGACGAGCAAAAACGAACCGUCUCUGCUGUGAAGCAGAAGGAGACCUGA